AUGUUCUCUGACCGCCGUCUUAACCAACAGAAAAAAAAAAUAUUUUACCACGUCUAUGUCGCAAACUUAUCGAGAGACGUUGUCGAGCUCCCCCCUUACGGGGCGGAUGCCAAGGACACGGACAAGAAAAGGGUCAAGCGGCGCCAGCUUGUAGCUUGGCUGGUGGUGGCCGGUUUGACGGCUGGGGUGGCCCUGGGGUGGGGGGCGAGAAAGCACGAUUAA